AUGGUAAAGAACUUCCACAUCUUCGGCAAAGGGAUAUCGUUCAGCGUUUCACCCACCAUCCACAACGCCGGCUUCCAACACUAUGGUCUUCCCUUUACCUACACAAUUCACGAGUCCGACGGCAUUGACGGAGCCGCUGCAUUGAUUUCAAGCGAUUGUUUUGGCGGAGCGAGUGUCACAAUGCCACACAAGCUCCAAGCCCACAAGUUCUGCAGCGAGCAAACCGAGACAGCUCAAUUAAUCGGCGCAAUCAACACUCUCAUCGUUAGCGGCAAUGGCAGCGAGCGUACAAUCACCGGCGAUAACACAGAUUGGUCUGGUCUGUAUAGCAUUGUGGCUGCACACUCGACAAAAACACAAAAGCAACCCAGCACCGGACUAGUGAUCGGGGCCGGGGGCGCAUCAAGAGCUGCACUCUACGCUCUGCACAAAGCUGGAGUAAAGCGCAUUUACCUCGUGAACCGAACCUUGGCCACCGCCGAGAAAGUCAAAGAUGAUUUCAAGAAUGUAUUUGACAUCAAGGUUGUCCCAAGUCUCCAAUAUCUUCCAGAGAAGCCGGAAGUCGUUAUCGGUACUGUGCCCGCAGAAACGACUACAGAAGAUCAGUUCUCCUCGUUGUUCGGGGAUCGGGGUUUGUGUGUCGAUAUGUCGUACAAGCCGAGGCAGACACCGCUCUUGACGGCAGCACAGCAGAACCAGGGGUGGGAUACGGUUACGGGUGUGGAGGUACUGCUCGCACAGGCAUUCGACCAGUUUCUACUCUGGACGGGACUUGAGCCUCCGAGGGAGAUUAUGGCGGAGGCAAUUGUGGUACUUGAUAGAGAGCGGGCUACUAUGGCUAAAGGUGGCAACCUUUAG